AUGUCAAAUUCUGCAUUGCAAGUUUACGGUGGAGAUGAAAUUACAGCAGUUGUCAUCGACCCGGGAUCUUUCUCGACAAACAUAGGUUAUUCCGGUACAGAUUGUCCUCAGGCAAUUUUACCAUCAUAUUUUGGCCACUAUAAAGCGGAAGAUAAGCCAGAGAGAGUGUUCUCAGAGCAAUCAAUUGGCAUACCAAGACCUGAGUAUGAAGUGAAAUCAAUUGUGGAAAAUGGGAUGGUCACUGACUGGGACGCAGCUCAAGAUCAAUGGGCAUGGGCUUUGAAGCAUCUACUUCAUAUGGAGUCUAAUGCUGGAAAACCUGCAUUUCUUACAGAAUCUAUUUGGAACACGAUUGAAAAUAAGAAAAAAUCACUUGAGGUGCUUCUCGAAUCCUUGCAAUUUGAAGCGUGCUACCUAUCAUCAACACCAACUUGCGUAUCUUUCGCAACUGGAAGACCUAACUGCUUGGUUGUCGAUGUGGGACACGACACGAUGAGCGUAAGUCCAGUAGUAGACGGUAUGACAUUGUCGAAGAGUACUACGAGAAACUUUUUUUCAGGAAAGUUUCUCAACCAUCUGAUAAAAAAAUCAUUGGGCACAAAGGAGUUGUUACCAUUGUUUGAAGUAGAACAAAGACGGCCUCAGUUUAAGAGAAAAAAGUUUGAUUAUCGACCCGAUGAAUCAUUAUAUAGAUAUGCUAAUGAUGCAGGAUUUUUACAGGAAUGUAAAGAAACUCUGUGCCAAGUGGCGCCCUCACCUUUGGAUAAAAUGAAGCCUGAAUUGAAUGCAAUGGCCAAAAGAUCGAUUGAGGCACCAUGGACAGAAGAAUUGGUUUUUGACAGUGAGACAAGAUUUGGAUUUGCCGAAGAGCUAUUCUAUCCUAAUAGGGAGGAUAUACCAGAAGGCUGGCCCCUUUCAGUAGAUGGCGUCGUUGAAACUUGGCAUAAUGAUUACAUUCCACUGAAAAGAAACAAACCAAUUGGUAAACAAGAUAAGCAAAGUAAUGAUGAAGGUACUCCCGCAGCUGAAGCUAUUCCAGACACAGCUGAUACAACAAAUGAAAAUGGAAAGAGACCUGCUGAAAUGGAUGAAAAAAAAGCAACCCCUGGUAUUGCAGAUCUCGUCUAUUCAUCUAUCAUUGCUAGUGACGUUGAUUUGCGAGCAUCAUUGGCGCAUAAUAUAGUCCUAACAGGCGGGACUUCAUCUAUACCUGGUUUUAGUGAUAGGUUAAUGGCGGAAUUAAACAGAAUGCUUCCAGCAUUAAAAUUUAGAAUACUAACGACAGGUUAUACCAAGGAAAAACAGUAUCAAGCAUGGCUUGGAGGAAGUAUUUUAACAAGUUUAGGUAGUUUCCAUCAACUGUGGGUUGGAAAACAGGAGUACGAAGAGGUUGGUCCUGACAGGCUUCUACAUGAUAGAUUUAGAUAA